CACCGCGCACGGAAAGCAGAGGGGAUACUUGCGGUGAAGCUCGGCAGGAAGGAGAAAGGGGACUCGGUGGGGAGGAGCAAAGCGAAGAGGGUCUGGCACUCACGCCCGCUUCUUCAGGUGGUGCCGCGUGAUCAGCCCUUCGUCUAUCACAGCCCCGAUCACCCGGCGCUUCAGUCGCCUCUCCCGGCUCAACACCCGCCGUCGCUUGAACAGCUUCUUCUUCAGCUCCUAAGGGGGAGGAAGAUGCUAAUCAGACGGAAGCCGCGACCCGGGACCCCGCACCCGGCGACUCCAGCCCAUAGAUUCCCAUCUCUGGCGAGAUUAGAGGGCUCCAGGACGCAUGGGGAAACAAAGUCGGGGCGCCCACACAGUCACCGUUCGCGGCCGGUUGAUCUUUCCGCCGGGAGCGCCCAUGUUGGCUCCACCACCGCGUCUUGGCUCUGCGCAGCGUCAGUGCCGGCCCCGCCCCUCAGCCUUCGCGAGCCAAUCGCAGCUCGGGGGCGGGUCCUGAGGGCUAUAUAAAGGCGCUCGGCGGCGUUACGUGUCUUUCGCGGGACGGCGUUCGGGGAGGUCCUUGGGACCGUCCCUGGAGCCGGAGCUGUCGUGUCCCCUCCUCUUUCACUGCCCGUUGCAAACAAUAAAGGCCGUUCCUACCCUAGUAGCUUUUCUCUUGGACCUCAGGCUCCUGCGGGAGUGCGGGCGACAUUUCGCAGAAGGUUCUCUGGCCGACCUUGCCGGGAUUUCCAGAUGGCCGCGCUGCGCCGAACCCUCCACGUGGCGACCCUGGCGGCUGGGGCGCGCCGCGCUUUGGCGGGGUACAUAGCACCGUUUCUGCAGCAUUUUGAUGGAACUUGGGCGCUGGGUGACACACGUACUCCACUCGUGUCCACAGGCUCCCUGGCUGGUAGCUGCCUGGCCGACCGUCGCCUCUGGGAUAAGCUCCAUGCCGAUGCCCGUAGGGGCAGCGUCCCCACGUUCGACUGGUUCUUUGGGUAUGAGGAAGCUCAGGGGUUGCUACUUCCGCUGCUGCAGGAGGCAGGGGCUGCCUGCCCACCGAGGGUGUUGGACGUGGGCUGUGGGACCUCCAGCCUGUGUACAGGCCUCUACACCAAGUGCCCACAUCCCGUGGAUGUGCUAGGGGUGGACUUCUCUCCUGUGGCUGUUGCCCACAUGAAGAGUCUCCUGGAAGGUGGUCAAGGUCAAACACCCCUCUGUCCUGGGCAUCCUGCUUCCCGACUCCACUUCAUAAAGGCUGAUGCCCAGAACCUGGAGCCAGUGGCUUCCUCAGGCUCCUUCCAGCUAGUGCUGGAUAAGGGCACCUGGGAUGCUAUUUCCCGAGGUGGUCUGCCCAGGGCUUACCAGCUUCUGUCAGAGUGCCUCAGGGUCCUAAGCCCCCAGGGGACCCUGAUUCAGUUCUCAGAUGAGGACCCUGAUGUGCGGCUGCCCUGCCUGGAGCAAGGGUCCCCAGGCUGGACUGUGACUGUGCAGGAGUUAGGCCCUUUCGGGGGCAUCACCUACUUUGCUUACUUGGUUCAAGGCUCUCAUUAAAGACUUCAGUCCUGACCCGAAUUUUCCUGUUGGGUAGCUUUUCAACUUUGUAAGAUGGCUGGGAAGCAAGGAUUUUGAGGCCUGGCCUCCACAUUUAUUAGCUGGGAGCAUAGAGUAUUGAAUGUUUCUGUGCCCCAGUUCAUGCUCUGGCAGCAAGGAGGAAUAAUACCCGGAGUUAGGGGAUUACAUAUGAUGAUAGGUGAAACGUGGAGCAUUUAGCAAUGCCAGGCACAAGACGGAGUGCUGAGUAGAGAAGGUGCAGUGGCUCAUUCCCCAGCCCCAACGAACUGGAACUCCUAAAAACACAGGAGUUCUGUGGGGUUUUUUGUUUGUUUGUUUGAGGAGUUUAGGGAUUUGUCUGUUUGUUUUUAGAUUUAUUUAUUCUAGAGUGAGCGAGCAGGGGGAGGGGCAGAGGCAGAGGGAGAAUCCCAAGCAAUUUCCAUGCGCAGUGCGGAGCCCAAAUCAGGGCUCCUCCCUGAGAUCAUGGCCUGAGCCAAAACCAAGAGUUGGGUGCUUAACCGACUGAGCCACCCAGGUGCCCCUGUUGGAGGAGUUUUUUAAUGGAGGGGUUCUUAAUCCAAAUUCCAGUACUGACUGACUUGUGUGAGCCAGUGGCCUCACCCCUAAGCCUCUUGUCCUCACCUGUAAAAGGAGAAGACUGAAAGAACCGAUAGAAGGGCCUCAUAACAAACCACUGAAAUGUGAAGGGAGACAGAACAAUACUUACCCUCAAAGCUCCUGGGAGGCAGGAGAUGUGAAUAUUCCACAAAGCAGCUUCUACAAACACGGGAGCUGGCUGCUGGGUUCCAGAGAGAACAGGGGUUGGAGGCUUCCUGAUACUCUGUAUCCUCAGGAAUCCAGGAGACCUCUUGUUCUCCCUGUUCCUGCCCCCAGCUGAAUUCUGGGUUAAAGGUUCUUAAGGGAGAUCUGGGGUCCAGUGGGCUCCAAGUCCAGCCUGGGGGAGAGAGGAGUUGAAGAGCCCAUUAAGAAUGAAAAGUAUUCCUGGGGCGCCUGGGUGGCUCAGUUGGUUGAGCAGCUGCCUUCGGCUCAGGUCAUGAUCCUGGAG